AUGAGACGCGCACUCAACAUCAAGAACAAGCUUAGCUUCAUUGAUGGUAAUAUUUCUAAGCCAACUGAUUCUUUUGAUCCUCUAUUUACUCCAUGGGAGUACUGCAAUGAUAUGAUAAUUGAUUGGAUUCAACACUCUAUUGGUUUUGAACAUAGAUUAACUAUUGCACAUGCCGACAUUGCUACUAAUGUUUGGACUGACCUCCGUGAGCGUUUUUCCAUCCAAAAUGCACCACGCAUUUUCCAACUCACGAAAGCCAUCUCAUCCUUGGUACAAAAUGCUGAUUCUGUGAGCGUCUACUACAACACACUAAAGAGUUAUUGGGAUGAACUAGAGAUUUAUGAGCCGAUGCCUUUAUGCACUUGUGGCUCGGUGAAAACUUUGACAGAUUAUAAUCAUCGCACUAAAGUUAUGCAAUUCUUGAUGCGACUCCUACGACUCUAUUCGGGCUCAGGUUCUUCUAUAUGA